AUGAUAAAAUUAAUAGAAAAUCAGCCUAAACUUAUAAUGGUAAGUAGGAAUUCAAUUGUAAUUGGAAGAUUGCAAGAAGAAAGGAAGCUCUGGAGACGUGACCAUCCUCAUGGAUUUUACGCAAAACCUACUGUAAAUUCAGAAGGCGCUCCAAAUUUGAUGAAAUGGGAAUGCGGGAUUCCAGGGAAAAAGAAUACUCCUUGGGAAGGAGGAGUAUUUAAACUGCUGAUGGAUUUUUCUGACGAAUACCCAGCGAAACCGCCUAAAUGCAAAUUUGAGCCUGUUUUAUUUCACCCUAAUAUAUACCCUAGUGGAACUGUAUGUUUAAGUAUACUUAAUGAAGACGAAGAUUGAAGACCGAGUAUCACAAUUAAACAAAUUUUGAUAGGAAUCCAAGAUUUAUUGAAUAACCCGAAUCCUCAGAGUCCUGCACAAGCAGAGCCUUAUAACUUGUAUAUGAGGGAUAGAGAGGAAUACGACAAAAGAAUAAGAAGACAAGCUGCAGAAAUGACAGGGCCAAAGUAA